UAGAUUGUUCCACUUAUGGCGGCUCCCCCUUGCAUUUGUCGGUUGCAGUUCGUCUCGGACGGGAUCUUCAAGGCUGAGCUGAAUGAGUUCCUGACUCGGGAGCUGGCCGAGGACGGCUACUCGGGGGUGGAGGUGCGCGUCACCCCGACCAGGACCGAGAUCAUCAUCCUUGCCACCAGGACCCAGAAUGUCCUGGGAGAGAAAGGCCGUCGCAUCCGAGAGCUGACGGCCGUGGUGCAGAAAAGGUUCGGCUUCCCCGAGGGCAGCGUGGAGUUGUAUGCGGAGAAGGUGGCCACCCGCGGGCUGUGCGCCAUCGCUCAGGCUGAAUCUCUGCGCUACAAGUUGCUGGGAGGUUUGGCCGUGCGUAGGGCCUGUUACGGCGUGCUGAGGUUCAUCAUGGAGAGCGGCGCCAAGGGCUGCGAGGUGGUGGUGUCGGGCAAGCUGAGGGGACAGCGAGCAAAGUCCAUGAAGUUUGUGGACGGACUCAUGAUCCACAGCGGAGACCCCGUCAACUACUACGUGGACACGGCCGUCCGCCACGUUCUGCUCAGGCAGGGCGUGCUGGGCAUCAAAGUGAAGAUCAUGCUGCCGUGGGACCCCAGCGGCAAGAUCGGCCCCAAGAAGCCCCUCCCCGACCACGUCAGCAUCGUGGAGCCCAAAGACGAGCCGCUGCCCACCACGCCCAUCUCGGAGCAGAAGGGCGCCAAGCCCGACGUGCCCGUCAUGCCCCAGGCGGGCGCCCCCGUGCCCACCGCCUAAGAGGGCCGCAAGGUGGGCA